AUGGAGGGAAUGCAAGAAAGAGAUUCACAGCUUGGUAGGGAUAUUGGUUCCUCCUUAUCAAAGCUGAUACUAACAAGUGGGUCGAACACGCUGGACUCAAUUUUCUCGAAUUGUCCCCCAACAAACGCCACAACGAGCAACUCCGUGUUGGAUUAUUUAGAACCCUUUGGGUCGGCGGGGUUUGAGCCUCUGGGGUCUUCGGUCUACCUUCGCCAAAGGGACAUCCUCCAAAAGUUCUACCAAGAAAGCCGAGGGAACGGGAACGGGUCUUUUGUUCCCACCUCCUUGGCAACCCCAUCUAUAAACUCUGUUUACACGACUUCGUUGACUUCUUCUUUGACCAACCCUUGCAAGAAGAAGCUCUACAGGGGAGUGAGACAGAGACAUUGGGGCAAAUGGGUCGCCGAAAUUAGACUCCCCCAGAACAGGAUGAGAGUGUGGUUGGGCACCUACGACACUGCCGAAGCCGCUGCCUACGCCUACGACCGCGCCGCGUAUAAGCUACGUGGAGAGUACGCGCGUUUGAACUUCCCCAAUUUGAAGGACCCCACCAAAUUGGGGUUCGGAGAUUCCGCCAGAUUGAACGCCUUGAAGAGCUCCGUCGACGCCAAAAUCCAAGCCAUAUGCCAGAAGGUGAAAAGGGAGAGAGCCAAAAAGAGUGCCGCCAAGAAGCUCAGUUCCGCCACCGCUCACACCAAUCGCAAGCAGAGCGACAAUAUCAAUUCCUCCGCUUCCUCCUCGUCCUCGCUGCCGCUGUCACCGUCCUCCAUUUUUUACGACAAUUGGGCCAACGAGUUGUUUUCGCCGACCGUUUCGGAGGACGGGAUUUGGAAGGGGGAGAACUCGCCAGCCUCGGUUUCCACGGAAUGUCCAACCAUGAUGGUUACAGAAGAAACAGAGUUCGAAGGUUGUUCUUUGGCGAGGUUGCCUUCUUUCGAUCCCGAGUUGAUUUGGGAAGUUCUGGCCGUUUAA